GGCAACACACACACUUAAUAAGCGUACCCGCAUCCUGACCAGCAGCAGCAUUAUCACCAUCAGCGGAAGAUGGCCUGGCUACCCAGCAGCUCCAACGGAGCGGACAAUGCGGACGAACGGAGCACGGCCUCGAGCGGAUCAUCUGGACACAGCAGCGGGCGCCGCGAUGACUCCAACAGUUCACCACGUUCCGGAAACGGAAGUGGAGCUGCCAUCCGAGACUCGGGACGAACAGCUCCGCCGGCCCUGUUGCGUCAUGCCACGCCCCACCUGCAGCCCAAGACGGAGUCCGUAUCGGACGGUGAUGGCGACGGUGAUGCAGAGCUCUCCGACUUUUCGCUUAACGACACCGAGGAGGACGAGGAGGAUCUACGCGAUUAUAUAGUACUCAAUGGCAACCAGGCGGAUGCCAGUCGAUCGCUAUCCAGCUCGCCGCGCAGUCACUCCCGCAAUGGACUGCUCACAGCGCCUCCCAGCUCUGGCAGUUCAGGAUGCACCGCAUCCGGCGGAGCCGUUGCAGGUGGAUGUGGAGGCACCGGAGGAGGAGGAGUAGGAAGCGGCGGAGGUACAGGUGGCCAUGUCGUUGGCGGUGUUCGCAAAGUUUUCACCAACACACGGGAGCGAUGGCGACAGCAGAACGUGUCCGGCGCCUUUGCGGAGCUGCGGAAGCUAGUGCCCACACAUCCGCCGGACAAGAAGCUAUCAAAGAACGAGAUCCUGCGUUCGGCCAUCAAGUACAUCAAGCUGUUGACCGGCAUCCUCGAAUGGCAGCAGCGUCAGGUGCCGGCCCAUCCGGCAUAUCCCGUCGUUGGUCCGGAGACCAAUAACAACGACAACCGCACGGUGAACGGCCAUGCGGACUCUGAUCUGGAGCAGCCGGACAUCUCGACCGUGCGGCACAUCAAGUGUGAGCGAACGGAUGGACAACAUGCGGUCAUCGGGGGAGGAGGAGGAGCAGCGGCAGUGGCACAGCGAAAUGGAGGAGGAGCCAACGAUCUGCUCAUGAUCGCACCGGGUGCGCUGGUCAAGACCGAGCACUUGCUUGAGUCGCCGCUGCCCUCAAGCCAUACCCAUACCCCAGCCCAUUCUCUGCCAGGCAAUGCCGCUCUAGUCGCUGUUCCGGAGUCAAGGUUAAUCAGCAGCUCGGCGAGAGCCAUGGUGCCUAAGCUGACAGCCAGCAGGAGCAGCAAGCGACGCCUCAAGUCGGAGGCGGGUGCGUGUGCCACCGAUCUUAGCCUGGGUAAAAGGCGUCGCACAUAGGAGUUUUUAUUAUUAAUUUAUAAUUAAUUAAUUUAAUUAUAUAUUAGUUACAUCUUUAGCAGAUGUAAUGCUUAAUUAUAAAUAUAUGUAAUGUUUUUUUUUAAAUAAAUUAAAAGGGUUGAGAUGGAAAAUUGAA